UGAUCUUAUUAGAAUUCGCACAUCUUUGAGUGAUUGGCGCUAAAGUGAUUGCAACAAGUUAUGAAUGUGGUUAGAGUUAUAUUUUUGUUUUUGUUUGUUGGUGUGGAUGCCCGUUUGGAGUGGAGGCCACCAAAUAUCGGGGCGUUAGAUCAAAAUUUAUAUGAAGAAGUAUUACAUCCGGAAUUAUGUGAUGAACAAAUAAAAAUUAUUUUGGCAAAUACAAUGUUAGCAGUGCAGUUCGCAGAUGCCGGCAUCAGGAUACCACGGGGGAUCCUUCAAGGCAACACGUGGGACUUAGGGAAUUAUUAUCAAUGUCUUAGCAUAUCACACUCCGUUGAAGGCUCAAGUAUACAGGGCAAAUACUGCAUGAUCCGUGUACCACUGAACAACUUCGAAAUUCCGGGUAUACCGGGAUCGUUGCAUGAACGUUUCGGUUCAAACGAGUUGAAAAUACCUAAUGAUACCGUAAAAAGUCUGGAUGAUUUUAAUAUUAUCAGUGCUGGAGCUAAAGCUAUGGCGGGUGACAUUGACACCAGAUUACUGCCAGGAAAUCCUUUGUCAGCAUUGACAUUGAACCUCGCUGUGUGCAUUCCAAAACCUUGUUCAACCGAGCAGGCCCUCACUUCUGCGCUGUUUAAUCUGACUGAAAUAGGCUUCGAGUACCAAGAUGAGUUCUGUCGUUUACCUAAUGACAAACCUUGGUCAGGAGCUGAUUAUGCAAUAGUGAUAGUAGUUGGUGUUUUUGCAGUUGUAACUUUAUUAAGUACUUGUUAUGAUCUUUACUUCACGUUUAUAAACAAAAAUGGGUCAUAUAUAGCAAAUUCUAAGGGCAAGAUAUUUUCUGUUUACACCAAUGGACGUCGCCUGAUGACGUUUACUUCAGGCUGUGAUAGUAUAGAGUGUGUCGAUGGGAUCAGGGCACUUGCCAUGCUCUGGGUGCUAGUUGGUCAUGCAUUCACUAGCGUACCAUUCUGGGCCAAUCCGAUUGAUACGUUUCAGUGGGUGCCGUCUUUAAACGCAUUAUGGCUGACGAGCGCGCAUAUCACAGUAGAUACUUUUUUCACUCUGAGUGGUAUGCUUGUUGUGUACACAACAGCCGGUAAAUUAAAUGGAAAACAAUUAAUCAAGAACAUCCAUCUGUUCUACUUGAAUCGCCUUCUGCGCAUGUUUCCCCUACUCGCCCUGACGGUAUUAUACGAAGCCUCGUACCUCAACCGAAUGACUGACGGUCCAGUGUGGACCACUGUGGUGCGACACGUUGAUACCUGCAGGUCUAACUGGUGGCCUACGCUGUUACAUAUACAGAAUUAUCUCAACCCUGAGCAUACGUGCGUCGGCCAAUCCUGGUAUUUGGCGAUAGAUGUCCAACUUCAUAUCCUGUCAUCCAUUGUUUUGUUCUUUGUGCUGAGUGGGAGGAGGACUGUUGCGUGGAUUGCCCUGACGGCAGCUAACAUAGGUAUCCUGGUAGUUGCAACGGUGUAUAAUUUUCAUAUGGAGUUCCCUUCUGGAAUGAUGAGUCCUGGUCGCGGACACCAGAUGAUGUACUAUCUAGUGUACUAUUACGUCAAUACGUUAACUAGAGCAGCGCCUUUCCUUGUGGGAAUGAUCAUUGGUUACAUUCUACAUUUGUACCGCGAUACUACCCCGAGGUGGUCGAAAAUAACGGUAGCGUGUGUGUGGGUAGGCACGCUGCUUUUGAAAGCUGGGGUCAUCUUCGCGCUAUACCCAUUGAUGCAGCCAGAUUGGGACAAUCAGAUGGUGGACAGCCUUUUUAACUCUUUCAUAAGGCCGAUAUGGGCUAUCUCCUUAGGCCUUCUCAUUGUCGCGUGUCAUCAUGGAUAUGGAGGUCCUAUCAACUGGUUAUUGUCACUCCAUAUAUGGAAGCUGCCAGCUCGCAUUUCUUACGCGAUGUAUUUGGUCCACUUUGGCUUAAUGCUUAACGUCAACCACGCAGCGCUAGCCCCUGUUUUCUUCUCUGUCGAAUCAGUGAUGUUCACUUUCCUGGGUCAUUUUGCAUUUACUUUCGUGGUGUCUUUCUUAGUCACACUGAUUGUGGAUGCGCCAUUUUCGACGAUAUUCAAAAUAUUAUUAGGGAAGUCAUCCAAGAGACCCAAGUCAAGUGAAGUACCGAACGAAUUAACAAAGGACAAUGGUAAACAAAUGUAAAUGCUGGUCAUACAGUAAAUACAAAUUACUCACUGGGAGACGUUUUUAAUACAGCGACAUUAUUUAUUUGAUCUGAGUUUAAUAAUUAUAAAAGAUUAAUAAAUAAUUACUUACAAUAUUAUU